GAGGGAGGACCCCAGCAAUGGGCCUUGUAGGUCGCUUGGUCCAGGAACACGAGGCUGUGGCUGUCCCAGGGGAGGGAGCUCAAGGCUGGAUCUGCCAGGAUUGGAGGGGGGUGGGGACAGGGAAAUCGGGUGGGUGCUGCAAAGAGGCCGAUUCCAGCUCGGGGUGGGAGAGUGGAAAGAAUCUUAUAAGGACCAGAGCCUUCUGCCCCACCACCAGGGGGCUCCCACGCUCUCCCACGCUCUCCCUGCAGUCCCACUGCUGGUGUGUUUAAGUCGCUGUAGGAAGCUGUAGAAGGGAUCACUCAUUAAGCUGUCCAGCCGGGUCAGUAACUCCUUGAGGAACCCCUGGCAGCAGGAGGCCGUGGGUGAGGGUUUUCGCGAGCAUUUGUGACAGACACAGGACAGUGUGCAUGUGCAGCACCUGCCCAGCGCCUGGCACGAACCCUCUCCCCAGAUCACUCCAUCGGCCCCAGGAGGCAGGCGCUGCUCCCCUUUCCUCUGGUUAGGACACUGGCGCCCGAAUCGGGGGAGAAACUUGCCCACGGUUGUACUUGGUGGUACGGCAGAGCCAAAUUUCAUCCCUUCCAGGCUGCCUCCCUCCCCGGGUUCCUCUCCCCAGGCCCUGCUGCCCCCACGCUGGGGUCCUCAGGCUCUGGGAUGCAAGCCAGAGAGGAACGGGCAGAGCGGGCAGAACGCGGCUUCCCUAGGCACAGCCUGCUGGCUCGAUUCCUGGCCUGUACACCCUGCACCCCACAUGCUGCUCUCAAACGACCCGUGCCGCCCCGCAGGUCCCACACACCAUUCCCCAAGUUGGAGCUGGGCCUGGGGUCCCGGCCCGUGGCGCCUCGAGAGCCCCCGGCCUGCGGAAUCUGCCUGGAGCGGCUGCGCGAGCCGGUCUCGCUGGACUGCGGCCACGACUUCUGCGCUCGGUGCUUCAGCACGCACCGCCCGCCCGGCGGUGAACGGCCCCGCUGCCCCGAGUGCCGCGAGGCUUGCGCUCGCAGGAAGGGCCUCCGCGGGCUGCGGGACAAGAUGAAGGGCCUGCUGCGGGGGCCGCCGCCCUCCGCUGCGCAGGAGGCCUGUGCCGCGAGGACGGAGCCCUUGCUGCUGGUGCGAAUCAGCGCCUCCGGAGGCCUCAUCCUGCGGAUGGGGGCCAUCAACCGCUGCCUGAAGCACCCCCUGGCCAGGGAUACCCCCGUCUGCCUCCUUGCCGUUCUGGGGGAGCAGCACUCAGGAAAAACCUUCCUCCUCGACUGCCUGCUCCAGGGGCUGCCGGGCCUGGAGUCCUGCGAAGGCGGCUGGCUGAGAGGAGGGGGCUCCCUGCAGGGGCCGCGAUGGGGCGCCAGCAGCCUCAGCAGGGGCAUUUGGAUGUGGAGCCACCCCUUCCUGCUGGGGAAGGAGGGGAGGAAGGUGGCUGUGUUCCUGGUGGACACGGGGGACGCUAUGAGCCCUGAACUGAGCCGGGAAACAAGGACCAAGCUCUGUGCCCUCACCAUGAUGCUGAGCUCCUACCAGAUCCUCAACACUUCCCAGGAGCUGAAAGACACAGACCUAGAAUACCUGGAGAUGUUUGUCCAUGUGGCCGAGGUGAUGGGCAGGCAUUAUGGGAUGGUGCCAAUACAGCACCUGGAUCUCUUAGUUCGUGACUCAUUCCAUCCCAACAAGGCAGGGCAGGGGCAUGUGGGUGAUGUCCUCCAGAAAUCUGGCAAAUAUCCCAGGGUUCGGGAGCUGCUACAAGGGCAGCAAGCCCGCUGCUACCUCCUGCCUGCCCCAAGGAGACACUGGGCCAGCGGAGACCAGGGAACCCCGGGCGACACAGAGGAUGAUUUCUGUCACCUGCGAGCCUACAUUGCUGAUGUGCUGAGCGCUGCCCCCCAGCAUGCCAAAAGCCGUUGCCAGGGGUACUGGAGCGAGGGACGCCCCGUGGCCAGAGGGGACAGCCGCCUGCUCACAGGGCAGCAGUUAGCUCAGGAAAUCAAGAACCUCUCGGGCUGGAUGGGCAGGACAGGGCCUGGCUUUGCCUCUCCGGAUGAGAUGGCUGCCCAGCUGCACGACCUGCGGAUGCUAGAAGCUGCCAAGAAGGAGUUUAAGGAAUAUGUGCGGCAGCAGGAUGUGGCCACCAAGCGCAUAUUCUCUGCGCUCCGGGUCCUGCCUGAGACCAUGCGGAACUUCCUCUCUGCCCAGAAAGAUGCCAUCCUGGCUCGCCACGGAGCGGCCUUGCUGUGCCAGGAGAGGGAGCAAGCCUUGGAGGUCCUGGAGGCUGAGCUGCAGGCAGAGGCCAAGGCCUUCAUGGACACCUACACCAUGCGCUUCUGUGGCCACCUGGCUGCCGUGGGGGGUGCUGUGGGGGCUGGGCUCAUGGGCCUGGCUGGGGGUGUGGUGGGUGCAGGCAUGGCUGCAGCGGCACUGGCUGCAGAGGCUGGGAUGGUGGCAGCUGGAGCUGCGGUGGGAGCCACAGGGGCAGCUGUGGUCGGGGGUGGUGUGGGAGCUGGUUUGGCUGCCACCGUGGGCUGCAUAGAGCGGGAGGAGGAGGAGAGGGUGCAGGAAGGGGACCAAGAGCCCCUGCUCCAGGAAGAGUAACAACCCCCAGGAGACAGUAAAAGGAGGGAGAGAUUCGAGGGGUGAGGAAAGGGAGUGGGGGAGGGAGUGAUGUUCUGAGGACCCCCAUGUUCCACUCUGCCCUGGUGAAUACCCAGCGUCUAGGUAACUGACUGAGCCAAAGAACCCAGGUGGCCCCAGGAACCUGGGGAUGGUCUCAGGGGCCGGAAGGCAGUACUUAGGGCAGUAAAUAGGAUACAGGGCCUAAUUUUGGUUGCAGAUAAUUGCUAACCUGCCAUUGACCCAAAUGCACUUGACCGAGGUGUCCACCAGGAGUAAGGCUGCACCCUCCCAACUGUGGCUUAUUUUCCCAGGGCAGUAGGAAGGCUGAGUGACCUGGAAGGUCUCCCCUUGGCCCGAGAGGGCCUGUCCUUUCACAGAAGGGAGCAACCCAAUUGAGUGGCCUUGGUGUUCAGGAUUGAGGAGCACUACUGAGGGGCUGGGGAAGCGGGAGCACCAGACAAAACCAAAGACUCUGUGUGAGGUAGACAGUGGCCUAACCCCUAGAGUGGGGAAACUUGUCCCUGUGAGUCUCCCUAAAGCCACCAGCAGGACAAAAUUGGUGCCCCUCCCUCCUGAAACCCUAGAGAGUCUGUGUGUGGGCCUUGAACUGGGUCUCCUGGUUGUGCCCUUGGUCACACCUGGCCAAAUGCAUAGUGCCUGUCGUUUUUGUGGAAUGCCAUCCCAGAAAUGGGUUAAAUGCCAAAACACCCCACCUGUGGCUGUAUGUGGAGCCCAAGCAGGGAGCCCUGGGACCAGCCUGGGAAAGUCCUGCGAGCGUCCACAAGGAGACUGUGCGAGGCCACACGCCCUGACCUGCCUGUGAGAAGACCCCUCUGUUCCACAUUAGUGGGGGGCUAGGUGCAGCUCCCACAGGGAACCUGAGGGCCAAGGGCCCCUCCCAGGGUUCGGGGAAGUCCUACUAGGACAACUUCUAGGCCAUUGAACUGCAAAGGGUUAAUGGGCACAUUAUACGAAAAAUAAAAUGUGUGUGCUUGAA